AUGUCCGAAUCCCCUCCGCCUCCGUCCUGGAGCAUCAGCAACAUGGCCAACAGUGCUGCACAGUUCAUGCGAUUGCCGGUUCUUGCAUCAUCCGGUCUGGCUGUUGUUGCAAGUGGGCUCCUCUACUUUAAGCAAAAUGAACUAAUUUAUCCCCGCAAUGUCCCCGUGGAUGCCCGCACAAAUGUUCCCAGUCCUCGCCAAUUUGGUAUCACCGACUUUGAAGACCUCCAGAUCCCCACUCCCGACGGGGAGUCCUUGCACGCCCUUUUUCUUCGGCAACGGCCAGGCCGCUUUUCGCGCAAUGUGACAGUUCUGAUGUUCCACGGAAAUGCAGGCAAUAUCGGCCACCGCGUCCCCAUCGCCAAAGCUUUACAAGAUACACUUCAAUGCAAUGUUUUCUUGCUAGAGUAUCGCGGAUACGGGAUGUCUACAGGCACACCGGAUGAAGCCGGCCUUAAGAUUGAUGCUCAAACCGGCCUUGAUUACCUACGACAGCGCCCAGAGACAAGGGAUACCGAGAUAGUUGUCUACGGACAAAGUUUAGGUGGAGCCGUGGCUAUUAACCUGGUUGCCACCAAUGAGGAGGAAGGUGAUAUCGGGGGACUGAUCUUGGAGAACACUUUCCUGAGCAUUCGCAAGUUGAUCCCAAAUGUCUUCCCCCCAGCACGGUAUUUGGCACGUUUCUGCCACCAAUAUUGGACCAGUGAAGAUGUGCUGCCUAAGAUCACCAAAACUCCAGUUCUUUUCCUGAGUGGACUCAAGGACGAGCUAGUUCCUCCGUCGAACAUGACACAAUUAUUUGCCGUUUGCAACUCCGAAUGCAAGAUCUGGCGGACACUCCCGAAUGGCGGUCACAAUGACUCCGUUGCUGAGCCAGGCUACUUUGAGCACAUCCUUUCCUUCAUUACGGAAGAAGUUCUACCUAAUAAACAGUAA